AUGUCCACUGGAUUUCCAUUGAUUGAUUCUGCCUUGGAAGCGGGCAAUUACAAGCUCGCUCUGAAACUUGUGGAUAAGAAAAUAGUGCAACAACCUAGCUCUUCUUAUAAUCAUGCGUGCCGUUCCUUCAUUCUUGCCAACGCUGCACUCUCCCCCACCGAUUCUACAACGGUUAAAGAUGCUCUAGAAUCUGCUUUGGCUUUUACCGGAAAAACUCCUUCAGACCCUAACAGUUUAGACAUUCUUGAUUCAACAUUUCAAUUACUAGACUACAAACCGAAAGAUGACAUUUAUGAAACUGCGAUGCGAAAGUACCAAUCUUCAAGUUUAGCUUACGAAUGGUUUAAAAAGACCAUUGAUAACAAUGAUCUUAUGGGGAUGCAGAAAGCUUCUAUGGCCCUAUCAAAGGUGUUCAAGGCUGACACUGACAAUGGUAGAAUGGUCAAAUUCUGGGCUGCUGCUACAAUGACAGUUGUGAUAGAUUGUUGUAAAGACAAAAACAGACUGGCCAAUGGUAAGGACAAAUUGUUAGCCACAUUAGGGUUGAAGAUAAUAGAAACUGUAGAGCAAUCGUUCAAAAAGGGAUUGAACGCACAACAAAUGUUUGUCAAAUGUGAAUUACUUCUCAAGAAAGGUUCUACCAAAGAAUGUUUGGAAGAACUGAAGAGCUUUCUUGAAAAAGAGAGUGAUUUGGAAUUGCGUUUAAUGUUUUUUGAACAACUCAAGAAGAAUGAACUCUGGGAUGAGCUUUAUGAUUCUUGUGUUUCUUAUCUAGUCAAAAUCGGUGUUGAUGAUUGGGAUACAUGGAAACUAGCUAUACUUGCUGCAAAGAAAUUACACUGUAUGGAAAAAAUAAAUGAGGUUAUAAACACAUAUAAAGUUGGAAGAAAUAGCCAACUUGCUAAGAUCGAGGUGUUAGAAUUCAUUGACAUAAUGGGCAAAAAGCAAGCGAUUCUCAAUUAUCUGAACUUAUACAUGCAUAAACUCUGUUGUUUCUUGGACUUGUUUCAUUUUCUUCAAAACAAAGUACUUCCUGUUGCAACUAUACUUGAAGUAUUAGAAGAAAAAUUUACGCAACAAGAUUUGAAAUCGGUUGUAUCCGGCGGAAGGAGUGCCACGGAGAAUGAUCUAAUUUGUCUAGUCAAUUACAUGAAAAUCAAAACGUUCAUCAAACCUGACUUGUACGGAGAAAAAGAGUUUUUUUCGAUUUGUUGCAAGUACUAUGAUGUAACGAAACAUUUGCAAAACAAGUUGGUUGAAUUUGAUUAUUUUGCAGGUUUUGAGUUCUUGAUUUUUGCAAUUCAAUCCUUUUUAACAAUCAAUAAGGAUAAAGUUGAUACGCAAACCUAUUUGAAUCUCAUUGUUCUUCUUGAGAGUUCAUUGGUUAAAAAUAGUUACGAAUUUCACUUGCAACUAUGGCUAACGCACAUGUAUUCGAAUACAAACCUUUCCAACCCAUUGGCAAGAAUUUAUCAGAAUUUGAAGAUCAAAAAUUUACAAGUGGACACUUUGAGUUCACAUUUCACGAAUCAUAUAUCAUCCAAGACUAGAAAAAAUGAGCUGUUAUCUGCUGCUAUGAAAUUCUAUAGCCAAAAUGUUGCAGCGGAACUCCCCCCAAUGGUCAUGUCAUGUUUUGAGCACAGCACAUUCAGUAAACUCAAAGGCUUCCUGGAGUUUAAAAUACGAGUCGAAAAUUCAACUUCUUACGUUCACACCGCAGUAAAAAGCAUUCAAAAUACUCGUUUGCGUGAGGGUGAUAAAUCGAUUGACAAGAUCAAGGCUGACUUUAUUCCCUUAUUAAAAAAAGCUUAUCAUACUUUUAUUUUAGAUGGUUCUGAUGUCGACUUGAAACUCCAUGAUAACAGCGAUCGGAAUAUUCUUUGGGCAUGUGGUGACCAUAAAGUCCAUCCAGCACCACAAAAGUUCGUUGAAUCGAAAUUUAGUUGCUUAGUCGAUACUAAAUAUGUGUCAAUUUGGAUGCUUCACGAAUUGCUCAUCUAUGAUCAGCAUAGUAGAGUAUGGGAAGACUACAAAACUAGGUAUCUGUGCCUUCUAGAAAAUAGUGACAGCUUGAAAUCGUUUUCGAAUAUGGAGAAAGUGAUAUUAUCCAGCUUGGAAUGGUUACUUGUUAAAGAUACUCCUUUGGAGCCUAAAAUUGAAGAAGCUUCAAGAGAUGUGCUUUCAGCAGAGUGUAACAAUUACUACUUCCUACUGCAGGAUUACGAAAAAAUAUUGUUCACUAUAAUCAAACAGAGCUCGCCUGCUUCGUUUUUCGGGAAGAAAACCAAGCUUGCUCAGAUCAACAAGACUCAUAAGCUCGUGAAACAGAAAUGUCGUGACAUCGAUAGAAGUGAGCUUCUUGUUUCCACCAAGGAUAGUAUCGUCAAAGCUAAGGAAGCUACUCAAAACUGGUUUGCAACUGACGAAUUUGGUAAACAGUUCAACAUUUCCAAAGAAUUUGUUAACGAAUGCUACAAAACCAUCGAGAAAGAUGCAUUAACAGCAGUGAAGGAAAUUUAA